AUGCCGCAGCAGGCGGGGAGUCCGGUGUUAUCGGUGGCUUCCUCAUCCUCGCCCAGUUAUUCCAAUAAUAGCAGCUUAGCGGAUAUUGCUGCCAGAGUCGUUGAAGAAUUCAGAGCUGAAAAUGAAAACGAUGAGGAUUCCGACGAGUUUUUAUACGUUGGCGACCUGUUCUGCGGUCUCGGGGGAGAAGACCUAGGAAAAGAAGAUAUAGCAGCAGCAAAAGGCCUGCAGGAUAAUAAUGAUGAGGAGCAGAACAAGGAUGGUGAUGAUGAUGAACAAGAUGAAGAUGAGUUUGAGUUCGCGUUUGUUCCAAGAGAUGCGGAGUUGUCGCUAAUUUCUACUGCAGAUCAAAUCUUCUACAACGGACAGAUCCGGCCAGUUUUUCCGAUCUUCAACCCGAAUUAUUGGGAAGCUGCAACAGCAGCAGGAGGAGGCAACAGCAGCAGCAUGUGUAAUUCUUCGUUGUUAUUGAUGUCGAGUUCUGGUGAUGAGCAGCAGCAGAAAGUUUCAGCUACGCCGCAAACGAUGAUUCGUCUGCCGUUGAGGAAGCUGCUGUUAAGUGAGGAUCAGGAAACUCCGUCGUCGUCGUCGUGUUCAACCUCGGAGGCCGACGAGCUCGAGGGAAUUCCGGAGGGGACGUACUGCGUUUGGCGGCCUACAGCGGUGAAGGAUGAGGCCUCGCCGGGAAAGUGCAAGAAGAGCAACUCAACAGGGUGGAGGUGGAGAUCGUCGAAGCGGUGGAGGCUUCGAGACCUUGUUCACCGGAGCAACAGCCACGGGAAGGACACAUUUGUCUUUCUCAAAAAAGGGGAGGAUAUGGCCGGGGCAACCCAGAGUUCCAAAACUGCAGCAAAAUCAAAGCCCAAUCUCAAGCAUUACACAAAAAACAGAUCAGGAGAUAAACGCCGGCACUCAUAUCUGCCGUACCGACAACAUCUAGUGGGCUUCUUUGCUAACGUUAACGGAUUUAGUAAGAAUCUCCAGCCUUUCUAG